CCCGCCCCGUUAGGCGACGAGCCGCCAAGGGGAGGGGACAGCCAAGCAGGCAGGAAGCUGCAGCUUAAAAGGGCAGCCUGCGCCCAACCCUUCCUCCCUGGGUCUCCGGUCUCCGGUCUCCCAGCGCCCCUCUCCUAGCGGUCCGCUCGCCUCCUCGCCUCCGUCCGCCGCCAUGUACCGCCGCCUGGGCGAAGCGCUGCUGCUGUCCCGCUCCGGGCCCGCCGCGCUGGGCUCGGCCGCCGCCGACCCGGCCGCGCUGCUGGGCUGGGCCCGCGGGCCGCCCGCCGCCGCCCCGCCGGCCGGGCUCGCGCCGCCCCCCCGGCGCCACUACAGCGAGGCGGCGGCCGACCGGGAGGACGACCCCAACUUCUUCAAGAUGGUGGAGGGCUUCUUCGACCGCGGGGCCAGCAUCGUAGAGGACAAGCUGGUGGAGGACCUGCGGACUCGGGACAGCGAGGAGCAGAAGCGGAACAGGGUGCGCGGCAUCCUGCGGAUCAUCAAGCCCUGCAACCAUGUGCUGAGCGUCUCCUUCCCCAUCCGGCGCGACAACGGCUCCUGGGAGGUCAUCGAGGGCUACCGGGCCCAGCACAGCCAGCACCGCACGCCUUGCAAGGGAGGUAUCCGUUACAGCACUGAUGUAAGUGUAGAUGAAGUAAAAGCUCUGGCUUCUCUGAUGACAUAUAAGUGUGCAGUGGUGGAUGUGCCAUUUGGGGGUGCUAAAGCCGGUGUUAAGAUCAAUCCCAAGAGCUACACGGAUAAUGAAUUGGAAAAGAUCACAAGGAGGUUCACCAUGGAACUAGCAAAGAAGGGUUUUAUUGGUCCUGGCAUUGAUGUGCCUGCCCCGGACAUGAGCACCGGCGAGCGGGAGAUGUCCUGGAUCGCUGACACCUAUGCCAGCACCAUAGGGCACUAUGAUAUUAAUGCACAUGCCUGUGUAACUGGUAAACCCAUCAGUCAAGGUGGCAUCCACGGGCGCAUCUCUGCCACUGGCCGUGGUGUUUUCCAUGGGAUUGAAAAUUUCAUCAAUGAAGCAUCUUACAUGAGCAUUUUAGGAAUGACACCAGGAUUUGGGGAUAAGACAUUUGUUGUGCAGGGAUUUGGUAAUGUAGGCCUGCACUCUAUGAGGUAUCUACAUCGUUUUGGUGCUAAAUGUGUUGGUGUUGGUGAAUCUGAUGGGAGUAUAUGGAAUCCAGAUGGUAUCGACCCAAAGGAACUGGAAGAUUUCAAAUUGCAACAUGGAUCGAUUCUGGGCUUCCCCAAGGCAAAGGUGUAUGAGGGAAGCAUCCUGGAAGCUGACUGCGACAUCCUGAUCCCUGCUGCCAGCGAGAAGCAGCUGACCAAGUCCAAUGCACCCAGAGUCAAAGCCAAGAUCAUUGCUGAAGGUGCCAACGGACCAACCACUCCAGAAGCUGAUAAGAUUUUCCUAGAGAGGAACAUUAUGGUUAUUCCAGAUCUCUACUUGAAUGCUGGAGGAGUGACAGUGUCUUAUUUCGAGUGGCUGAAGAAUCUAAAUCAUGUCAGCUAUGGCCGAUUGACCUUCAAAUAUGAAAGAGAUUCUAACUACCACUUACUCAUGUCUGUUCAAGAGAGUUUAGAAAGAAAAUUUGGAAAGCAUGGUGGAACAAUUCCUGUUGUGCCCACAGCAGAGUUCCAGGACAGGAUAUCGGGUGCCUCAGAGAAAGACAUCGUGCACUCUGGCUUAGCCUACACCAUGGAGAGGUCUGCCCGGCAAAUUAUGCGUACAGCCAUGAAGUAUAACCUGGGCUUGGAUCUGAGAACAGCUGCCUAUGUCAACGCCAUUGAGAAAGUCUUCAAAGUCUACAAUGAGGCCGGCGUGACUUUCACAUAGAUGGAUCAUGGCUCCCUUCCUCACCCUCUUCACCCAUAACUUCUGCCGACCUAUCACAAGUUUACAUGUAACCACAGAAAUCUCUGUCUCUCAUGACUAGUUAGAUAAAGGACACUGUUCUCAACAAGUCAAUCCAAAUCAGCCCCUUAAGAAAGAAAUUAAGUUUAGAGGAUCAUGUACAAAUGAGUGUAAAAGUAUAAAUCACUUAAGCUAGAGAGCCACUUAAUAAAAGUCUCUCCCACCCAGCUUUGCUGUCUCAUUCCAGGCUCGUCCCCACAGGGUCAGUGCUUUUGCCUUUCCUAGCAGAGAACCUGGCACAUGACUCUUGACAUGUUAAGAAGUAAUACAUGGCAUUUUCAGAAGGUGGCAUGGUCCUCAGUUACUGGUAUUGUACAUCAGCAAAACCAGAAUGAAAGCUGUUUCUCUUAAUGCAUUUUAUUCUUUCAGAAUAAAAUAAGAACAUGCUGCUGUAAUAAUAUUGCCUUUAAUUACUUAAUCAGCCUAACCUUGACGCAAGCAGUGAAAGCCUAUAAACAUAGUAAAUGAUGAAAGCUAGUAUUUUUAUAACAUAAAACGGCAUCAUUUGUAGUUUAUCAGUCAUGUAUUACUGUCCAGCAAAAAAUAGCCCUACAGAGAACUACCUGCUGAUGAGGGAAGGCUAUUUUAGAGAAUUUGCUAAAUAACUACAAUUAUGACAGUCCAAAGAACACAGCAACCUCCUUAUCAUGUUGUUCCCUUUUGAAGAGCUACUGUUGCAUAACUGAACCAUAAUUCAAGUAGAGUGUUCCAGAAAAGAAAAGGAAAAAAAAAACUUUUGAGCUCCCUUUGGAGCCUGGUGGCAUGUGAACCCUUCCAGUGAGUGGCUCCACCGUGUCCUCCUUGUAGAGACUAAUCACACUGCACCCAACUUCAGCAACAGCCUGAGACUGAGGAUUUGAGAGUCACUUGAUCAGGUCCUUUUGAACAGUAGCGUCCUAAUGAACUAAUAGAUAUUAUUUAUGUAAAAAUGAACGCUUUUUUUUAACCAUAUCCUUUCAGAAAUUUCUAACUACUUUGUAACUGCAUGACUUAACCUGGAGAUAAAGAGCAGUUAUUAAAAGCCUACCUUUUUAAAGCCUA